AUGGGCCGCAUGUCUUCUCCAGCUUCCAGCAGCAGCAGCCUCGAGCCCCGGGGCAGCAGCUCGGGCUCUUCAGGUGUACGUACACCCCAAGACCCAGCCCACGGGGGCCCUUUGCUGGCUCCUUACGGGGAGCCCCUGGUGGCCACAGAGGAUCAUGGGGGCCCCCUGGGGGCCCCCCAGGGGGGCCCCCGGGGGCCCCUGUUGUCCCCUCUGGAGGGGUCCCUGAAAAACGGCGUGGAGGGAUUCUUGUUCGAGAGGGGCCCCCGGGGGGCCCCCAGGAGGGCCCCCCUCAGGAGCCACGUAGGGGGCCCCCUGUUGGCUCUUGCUGCACUUGGAUUAUUUUUUGGGGCUCUAGUGGCAGGGAUUCGCCGGCGGCAGGGGGCCCCUGCUGCAGCAGCAGCAGCAGAUAAGGGCGCUCUGACAGCAGCAGCAGCAGCAGCAGCAGCUCGCGAGGAGUUUGGCUCCGGGGUCUUCCCUUAUCUCUUUGACGAGGAGGAGAGACACCUCACUGCUGCAGAAGCAGCAGCAGCACAAAGAGCAGCAGAAGAAGCAGCAGCAGCAGCAGGAGACGAGGAGGCCGCCUUGACAGCAGCAGCAGCAGCAGCAGCAGCUCGCGAGGCGGCCGGCUCGUUGCCAUUCUCUUUCUGGCUUGACGACGAUGUACACCCCACAGCAGCAGUAGCAGCAGCAGAAGCAGCAGCAGCAACAGCAGAGGCCGGCGACGAGGAUUCAGCGCUGACAGCAGCAGCAGCAGCAGCUCUUGAGGAUUCGGAGUCUCCGCCUAUGUACUUCACUCUUAGCGAGGAAAGCACGCACCCCACUGCAGCAGCAGCAGCAGCAGGAGGUGACGCAGCAGCAGCGGGGGAGGACCCCGGUUGGCCGAGUGGAGCAGCAGCAGCUCCGACGGCAGCAGCAGCAGCAGCAGCAGCACGAGAGAACUAUGGCGGCUACACGCACUUCCCGUACUUGUCCGACGAUGAGGAGCCCCGCCCCACAGCAGCAGCAGCAGCAGCAGGAGGUGACGCAGCAGCAGCGGGGGACGCGCUGACAGCAGCAGCAGCAGCAGCAGCAGCGCGAGAAGCGCUCGGGGCGGCGCCGCCGGCGCUGCAGGCGGAAGAGGGCGCGGUGCACCCCACAGCAGCAGCAGCAGCAGCAGCAGGACGUGCUGCUGCUGCUCCCUCGUUCUUCCCGCUGUUUCUGUCUCCGCAGGGGCCCCUCUGCGAGGCCUUCAGGCAAGAGUUUGCUGCUGCUUCGCUGCAGCAGUUCGUGGCCCGCAGCCAGCAGCGGGGCUUCCUGGGGGGCCAAGAAGAAGCUCUUGUCGCUUUUUAUUCUUUUUAUUUGGAGACAAAUGAUCCCGAGGCCUUUCAAGAAAGCCCCAAGUCCGACAGAGAAAGGAGACAGCGGGACUGGGCCCUCUUCCGCAUGCACCAGGCGCUGCUGCACAGCCACGAAGUUGCUGCUCUCGACAGGCUCAAGGAGCUGUCUCUUUCCAGCAGCAGCAGCAGCAGCAGCAGCAGCAGCAGCGAGGCCGCCGGCGGCGCCGGCAGCGCCGAGGCCGCGGGCGAGCGGCCGCAGCAGGAGCAGGAGCAGGAGCAGCAGCAGCAGCAGCCGGAGGCCGCGGAGCUGCGGCGGGAGGAGCGGGAGCAGCAGCUGCUGCAGCGGCAGCAGCAGCUGCUGCAGCGGCAGCAGCAGCUGCUGCAGCAGCAGCAGCAAACCGCGGAAAUCAUGGAGGAAGUCAAACAGGCCGCGCAGCUCAGACUCGAAGCAGCAGCAGACUGGCUCCUUUAUCAUCUCGAAGUGGGACUUAAUUCUAAAGAAGAGUUGGGGCCCCCCGUGCAAACCCUUUUGAGGGCCCAAGAGGUCUUUUACUUGAGGCUGCUGCGCAGCUUGGGGGCCCCUGUGGGGCCCCACAGCAGCAGCCACUUCGAAGGAGACCCCAAGGAGGUUUACCGCUGGACCAUCCGCGAGUUCUUCCCCGAAGAGGACAGCUGGAUGCAGUACUUGCUGCCUUGA